UGCAUAGACAAACAGUUGUCUUGGGAUUUGAACAUUUAAAUUAAACGAGGAUACUUUCCAAAAAACUCAAGCAGGAUGAUGCAUGUUAAAUUGACCUUUGUAUUGCUGGCUUUGGCUGUGGUCUUGGCUCAGGCCAAACCCUCCUUGCCUUUUGGCUUCCAUCACCAUGGCGUACCGGAUCACAUUGAUUUUGCUCCACCGGCACAUUUGCAUCAAGAGGUCUUGUCUGCUCCCACUCACUUCCAUCAGGCUCCUCCAGUAUUGCCACCAGCCCAUUUCCAUGAAGUACCUGCUCCAGCCCAAUUUCUUCCAGCUCCUGCUCCCCUACUCCCCGCUCCAGCUCCUCUCCUCCCCGCUCCGGCACCUCUUCUCCCUGCCCCAGCUCCCUUGCUACCAGCUGCCCAUGCUCACCUUGUGCCCGCACCAACUCAAGUAGUUCACACUCAUGUUCUACCCGCCCCAGCUCCCGUUUUACCCGCUCCUGUGCAUUUCACCAAGGUGUUGCCACCCGUUUUCGAAGCCAUUCCCUUCACCGCCCCAGUUCCCAGCUACCGUGCCAUUCCCGGACCCAAGACCACCACUCACCAUGUCUCGGUUGGUUAUGCCUUCCCUCACGCCCACACCCAUGCUCAUUUCGCCAAAGCCAUAGUUGCUCCCCAUCAUCAUCAUCAUGCUCAUUUGCAUGCCGCCCCCUUGGCCCUGGCCCAUCAUCAUCACACCCUUUUCUAAAAGGUUCCCUUUUGUAUUACUUAUGCCCGUGGGGCAUGCAAAAGGUCAUUUUUGGACAGUUUUACGAAAAUGUGUUGUUACAAGAUGGCCGGCCCAAAGCUAAGUUUCGGUGGUAAUGUUUUUAAAUUUGUA